UUGUGCUGAUGGUUUCUUCGGUAAUCCUCUAGAAGUGAACGGUACCUGUGAGCUAUGUGACUGUAGUGGAAACAUCGAUCCGAUGGCAAUUGGUAAUUGCGAUCCGGUGACUGGAAAAUGUCUGAAAUGUAUUUACAAUACAGCCGGUGAUCAUUGUGAACAGUGUAAGGAGAAUCACUGGGGUAAUCCGAAGGAUAAGUCUUGUCGCCCAUGCGGCUGUCAUCCAAAAGGUGCGAAAUCGGCGAAGUGCGAUAAUUCAACUGGCGCAUGUGCAUGCUAUGGAAAUUAUGACGGACAUGGCGACAUCGAAAGAAUGUGCCCUCCAUGUAACUGCAGUACAAUUGGCUCGUUUGGCAGUGAAUGUGAUGAAGUUUCAGGCCAGUGUGCCUGCAAAACGGGAGUGUUUGGGAAGCAUUGUGACAUGUGCCGGCCAAGUUAUUUCAAUUUUUCGGAAAAUGGCUGUCAAUUUUGCCACUGCAACACCUACGGUGCUGUAGAUGAUGGACGCUGUCACAAUGCUACAGGAAAAUGUGAAUGCCGUGAGAACGUGGACGGUAAUAUGUGUGAGAAAUGUGUGGACGGUUAUUACAAUAUAACAAGUGGACAAGGUUGUCAGGCAUGCAGCUGUGAUGAAUUAGGUUCGGAAGGUAUUCACUGUGAUAUGCAUACUGGGCAGUGUGCAUGUAAACAGGGUGUCACAGGUCUGAAGUGCGACAAAUGUGCUCCGAACCAUUUUGGAUUAGAUGCGGAUGGUUGCAAAGAGUGCCAAAUAUGCCCAGCACCUGGUCACGUCUGUGAUCCAGUAACAGGAGAUUGCGUGUGUCCACCGAAUACGGUCGGCGCAAUGUGCGAAACUUGCACGAAAAACGCAUGGAACUAUCAUCCUUUGAACGGCUGCACGCUCUGUGAUUGCUCCGGCGUUGGUGCCGAUGGACCGAACUGUGAUCCUAAAACUGGACAGUGCAACUGUCGAGUGGGAUUUGUUGGUCUAAAAUGCGACCGUUGUACUUUUGGGCACUUCAGUUUCCCAGAAUGUGAACCGUGCAAUUGUGAUAUGUCGGGAACCGAUCCAGCAAGCUGCAAAAAAGGUGUUUGCCCUUGCGAUGAGCAGGGUCAAUGUAAUUGUAAGAAGAAUGUAAAAGGCCUGAAAUGCGACACGUGCGAUGCUUAUAGCUUUAGCCUGGAGAAAUCAAAUCCAUUGGGCUGCACGGAUUGCUUUUGCUUCAACCGGACCAACUUCUGUGUUCAGAGCAGUCUUGUCUGGCAGCAAGUAUAUGCUCCCGAUCGACAGGUUCAAAGAUUCAACUUUCAUUUGACUUUAGAUUAUGUUUUGCAAAUUUUUUUAAAUUUUAGAUUUUGCAAAUUUGUUUCUCUUAAUUGGCCUCUUCCACAUAGUCUUCUGGGUGAUCGAAUCGCAUCAUACAACGGAUUUAUUCGUUUCAAAAUCGAAAAUGAUGAUAAUUAUCGCGGUAUUCAAAAUGUUCCACCUGAUGCUCAGCAUUUCCGCUUUUUCCCGCAAGUUGUAUUGGUGGGAAAUCACCGUAUUAUUCUCGAGCAUACUUCUGAAGUAAUCAACGAUUUGGGGCGUUACAAGGUACGGUUGCAUGAAAGCCAGUGGCGAUCUCGGCUGAGUCCUGAAAUUCCGGUCACACGCAAGCAGCUAAUGGUCGCAUUGCAAAAUGUCCAAGGAAUCUAUAUCAGGGCUACAUAUAAUUAUCCAUCAAGAGGCGAUACAGCUUCAAUGCGCGAAACCAGCAUUGACGUUGCAGUAUGGGAAAAUACGACGGAUUCGGUUAAUUCAACAGCAAUAGGUGUAGAAAUGUGUGAGUGUCCACAGGGCUAUGCGGGUAACUCGUGCCAGGAUCCUGCAGAAGGUUACUGUCGUAAAAGGCAACCUGAUUUUCUGAAUAGUCCGGAUGACCUGGCCCUGGUUGGUGGGCCUCAACCGUGCGCAUGUAAUGGACAUUCGACAACAUGUGAAAUCGAAACGUGCAGGUGUACGAACUGCGAACACAAUACAUUCGGCGAUUAUUGUGAAUUGUGCAAACCUGGAUAUCAGGGCGAUGCAUUGGUUGGUGGUGCAGAUGCAUGUACAAAAUGUGCAUGCCCCUUAGCGGAUAACAGCUUCAGCGAUACCUGUGUAGCAACAAAUCAUGGCCGGGGUUAUGAAUGCGAUGCUUGCAAGCCUGGAUACACAGGGCUGUACUGCGAAAGUUGCCUGAGUGGUUAUUACGGGAAUCCAAAUGUGUUGGGAGGUUUCUGCGAGCAGUGUGCCUGCCAUCGCGAUGGCUCAUUGGAUGAUACCUGCGAUCAGGUGACUGGUCAGUGUGCAUGUCGGCCAGGAGUUACAGGACGUGACUGCUCAUUGUGCCAAGCCAGGCACGCUUUUAUCGGUGGUGUCUGCACAUCUUGUGAUCAGGGCUGUACACGGGAUUUAAUGCAAGAAAUCGAUAAGCUGGAGAUGCUGAUGGGUGAACAGAAUUUCACAAAUUUGAGGCCAAUUCCCUGGAAACGAGUCGCACGAAUUAGUAACACAACGAAAGAGUUACGAGCGAUUUUGGAUUCGGUGCAUUUGAAUGGACUGAUGAUUCAAGAUGGAGAUGAAUCAUCGCUGGCCAGUAUUGGUAUUAGCGAUAGCUCUCUCAGUGAAGUGAACGGAGUUGUGGAACAGGCGAAAUUUUUGCUGGAACGAAGCAAUAAAUCAAAAAAUAACCUCGAAGCAAUAAUUGGAGAGACUCUUGGACUCACAGAAAAAGCUCAGCAAUAUUCCAGAAUUCUCCAAGAUAUUGUAAACCAGUUUCAACAUUAUGUUAAGUACGGUGGUAGCAAGCAGGAUAGUUCGCAGAUCGAUGUUUGGGUGCAAGAAGCAAAUGCCUAUCUAGAAGCUAUAAAAGAG